UGUUAAAGAUGGAGGCAUUUGCGUUUCGACGUUAGCAGACAGAUGAGAGCCUGAAAGGAUCUGCGUUAUACUCUGAAUGAAAGGUGUAAUAGGCUAAAUCUGGGCGAUUACUGACUCCUAGUAGGGAGGGGAUCUGCACAGUGAUCUUCUGCGCGGAGCUCGGAGCGCUCUGAGCUCAGGUUGUCUCUGCAGGCCUCGGACUGCACUGGCAAGGAAAAAUAGAGAUGCAGCACAGCUGAGAAGAAGCAGGAAAAGUUCGCAAUCUUUUACCAGUGAGCAGGGAAAAUGAGUUGUUCAGAAGAGCUGAAACCGUCAGAUCCAGACAGAAGCAGACCUCACCAGUGUCUGACCUGUGGGAAAUGUUUCACUCGGAUCUGUAGUCUAAGAAGACACGAACUGAGUCACACAUCAGAGGAACUAUACCACUGUGAACAGUGUGGCAGCAGUUUCAGCCAGUUAAACGCUUACAAGAUACACCUGUAUACUCACCCUGAAGACACCUCAUACUGCUGCAACAAGUGUGGGAGAGAUUUCAGUGACCAGAGUUCCUACAGAAAACACCUUCGCGACCACACUGGACCGUAUCAGUGUGAGCAGUGUGAAAAGAGUUUCAGUUACUUAAGUAUUUACAAAAUACACAUGCGUGUCCAUACUAAAGAAAAGCCAUACUGCUGUGACAAGUGUCCCAAGAGUUUUAGCUUUUUAAGCUCAUACAAGCGGCACCAGCUGAGCCACAGUGGAGAAAAACCUUACCAGUGUGAUUUUUGUGGAAAAAGUUUCACUCAGUCAGGCCAUUUCAGUCUUCAUCUGCGGAACCAUACCGGAGAGAAACCAUAUGAGUGUGGCCAAUGUGAAAAGAGCUUCAGUGACUUAAGUAGUUACAAGAUACACCAGCGUGUCCACACAGGUGAGAAACCAUACUGCUGUGACCAGUGUGGCAGGAGUUUUUCUCAGCUGGGGAAUUAUAAAUCACAUUUACGCAUACACACGGGAGAAAAACCAUUCCAGUGUGAAUUAUGCAAGAAAAGCUUCUCUAUUUCAAAAACAUACAAGCAACAUAUUCACACUCAUACGGGAGAGAAACCCUAUAAUUGUAAAGAAUGCGGAAAGAGUUUUGGUCGUCUAAGCAAUUAUAUUCGCCACCUCCGCAUCCACACUGGAGAGCAGCCAUUCAGCUGUGACCAGUGUGGGAAAUGUUUCAAUAGCUCAUACAGUUACAACCGCCACUUACGUGUUCACACUGGAGAGAAACCAUAUUGGUGUUCACAUUGCAAGAGACUGUUCACUCGGUCACAGUCCUUAAAGACUCAUCGCUGCACUGUAAUACAUGAUGAUGACGAGAGAGAGAGUGAGGUGAGCUGCUCCUCGACCAAUUCCAACCUACAGAAAGAGGUGACAAACUAAUGUACAUGUCAAAUGAACAUGUCUGACAUGAUCAAAAUACCUAGACGAAGCUGAUAACUUGAGAGAACUUUUUUGAUAAAGAGGAUGUUUAAAGGGACAAGUGGAUUGGGAAAAAAAUGUCCCCCACACUAUAAGAGCUCUGGACACCUUGUUAUUGUUAUCUUUGGGACUCUUUUGGGAAUCUCGUGUGAUAUCUUUGUUUUUUUUAGGUGAUGACAGGGCCAAUACUGGUUUAUACUAGAAUCUGAUAAUGGCCACAUUUAAAGAUUAAUGCGAACAGCCAAAAAAACCACUAGCCACUGAUCUGACCACUAGGCCUGUCGGGUCCAAUCAAGGGCCUGCCCGUCUCUGCCUGAGGUGAGCUCUGUUGUCAGAUGGAGGCAGUAUAUAAAGUAUGUGUUGUUGGUUUGUGACUCACAACAUAGAAAGAGCUGAUAAGUGUUUAAAAACCAUGGAAAACGGCCACUGUCUGUGCUUUUCAUGUUUAGUUAGAUUUUUUUUUUCUUUUUUUAAAUUCUAUGAAGUUUUUUGUUUGUUUGUUUUUCAUGGUUCUCUUAUUACCGGUUAAAACCCCUAUCCCUGCUCUAUACCUGCCCACUUGUCAACCAAAUAGGUUUUGGGAGUUGCUUACAUCAUCUGCUUCCAGCUGUGCACAGCCAGGAUCUUGGAGACUGCCCAGGAGCUUCUAAAAACCCCUCUUCCUGCUCUGUCCAACUGAAAAAUGUAUGCAGUCGGACACAUUUGCAGGACCAUAAAACCAGCUUUACUCUGACACACAGAUGCUAUUUUGAAUAAAAAAGAAGUGAAAAGAUUCACUUCUUUGAAUUUAGCAGACUUUUGAUGUCACUUGCUUAAUUGAAUUGAAUUGAAUUGAAUAGCCCUUUAUUGGGAUUGUAUGAAAUUGGCUGCUCCACAGUAACUUUGCCAGGAUAAAUCAUAAAUAGUAGACAGUAGGAAUAAGCAACAACCAGGAGAAAUGUAUGCAAAACAAGAGAAAAGCACACAUUAAAGAACAAAAAGUACAAGGUCCCACCGAGAUUUGUACCCUAAUAGACUGGAUUUGAUAGAGCACUUCUAUACUUGCUCAAGCUGCAUCAGCCCAACCACACACAUUCAUAAAGUGCUGUAUCCUGUGCACUUCAAACACAUCACUACAGCACAGCAUCAGGGCUAACGGGGAUGCAGUUAGUUGACUGGAGGUGGCCUGCUGGUUACAUGAUCAGGGUAGUGAAAUAUCAGUACUUUAGCCGUGAUAGUAGUAAUAUAUAGUUAAUUAGUAUACUGUGAUCACUUUUAUAGAAAUGUGAUGGUGAUCAUGGGAAGACUUGAGUGGCCCACAUGGGUCUCAUCAAUCAUGAAAUAUCUAACAGAAAUAACUAUUGAACAUGCUCACCCCUUUUAAAUUUCCUAAAAUGCAGAAAUUCUCCAGAUUAACCCGUGUAUGGUCUUCAUUUUUGGGACCUUCUGGUAUUCUUCUGAACAUAUUUGGGGUUUUAGUAACAAGUCUGAAAUAAAAUUUCCCUUCAUUAACCAUUAACAUAUUAUGUCUGUAUCUCAUUUUUAAACAGAAAAAAGCACGUUUAAUGAUUGCAAUCAGUCUUUACUGGAACACAAUUAGCAACAGACGUGUGGUUAGUGAUUUUUCAUAAGGUUAUAUUUUAUUUUAAGCUUUUAGUAUAGUGGAUUUUUAUCUUGGAGAAAAGGAAUUGAGACAAUGUCCUCAUUGGCAUAAUAUGCGUUCCAACCAUUGUCAGCUUUGUUUUGAGAAGCUACUAUCCGAGGUUGUAUGAUGUGAAAAACUGUCCCCCUAGUUUCUUUCAGCAGCUCCUCCAUCUGGCUUCUGUGUAUAAAUGUUCUGUUCCAUACAUUAAAAUACAGUAAGAUCACAUACACCCAUAUACUGCCUUGAAGGGUCAGGGGCGGAAAACUCGACUCCAGGUUCACUGCGAGAUAUAUAAAAAGAGGCUGAGUAAGUAUCAACUAGGCCUGAAGGAUGCAAGGGAGUCAUUUUUCUCUGAGAUUAUUCAUAGAAACAACAAUAAUGCUAGGACAUUAUUUGCUACAGUGGAAAGAUUAACUACUUCUCCAGUGGCAAUAGCCCCUGAACGAAGCUCCACCAGGGCCUGCAAUGAAUUUGCCAGCUUCUUUAUUGAAAAGGUCUUGAAAAUCAGAAGGUCAGUUGGCACAUUAGUUUCAACCCCAAUACUGACGUUAAGCCCAAUUAGCACUUAUGCAGAGAAAAUGACUCACUUUCAAACAAUAAAUCAAUCAAGCCUCGAUAAAAUUAUUGAGAAUCUAAGCUCUGCCACCUGCUGC